GUAGUACGGAUCUAGAAGCCCAUGAGAAAGGGUAUAUCGUUCAUUUUCCAAUAAUGGUUUAGUUGCUGUAAGACGCGUUGUUUGUUUUCGUUUGUUUUUAUUUUUUGUUUUUUAUAUUUGCCGAUUUUGUUUGAUUGUUUUGUGUUGUAUCUAUGGAGGGAGAUCUGGAAAAUGGGAAAAGUUCUGAAGGCGGAAGCGCCAGUCAAGUGGGAUCUGAAGCUAGCUUCGGAUUAAGAAGAGGUAAAUGCAAAUGGUUCAAUGUAGCAAAAGGUUGGGGAUUCAUCACGCCAGAUGACGGCGGCCAGGACGUUUUCGUACAUCAAAGCGUGAUCCAGAUGAGCGGUUUCCGCUCCCUGGGAGACGAAGAAGAAGUAGAAUUCGAAUGUCAAAUAACAGACAAAGGAUUAGAAGCUACUAGAGUGACAGGACCACAAAACGGAGAUUGUCGAGGAUCCCACAGACGACCGGUAUCGAAGAAACGUUUUAGAAAAAUAAGAUGUUACAAUUGCGGCGAAUUCGCUAAUCACAUAGCCUCAAAAUGUCAACUCGGACCGCAACCUAAACGCUGCCAUAAUUGCAAAAGUGAAGAUCAUCUAAUCGCCGAUUGUCCCACGAAGGCGGAACGUCCGCCCAAAUCCGGAGGCGGCACGGAUGGCGAUACAUCGGGAGGUGAACGUAACGGAUCUACAUCACACGAUACCGGUAGCUCUAUCUCCGAAACGACCGCGAAAAACCCGUAAAGUUAACUGUAAGAAUAAUGGAAACGACGCCAUUUUUAUUCCGUUUCGUUUUGGUUGAAAAAUGGCGUUCAUAUCCUUACUGAGUUACCGUGUGUGUUCAGUUAUUUGGUGUUGUAACGCUAGGUGUCAGCACGUUACAUUUAUUUUAAUAAAAUAUUUCGUAAUUUUGAAUCAAUUAAUUUUAAGGUACGAUUUGGGAUUUGAAAAAUGUUUAUUAUAUUAAAUAAUUUCUACUACUUAUUCAUAUUUUUUCAAUUAAUAGUAGAUAUGAUGCCACGUCAAUAAGGUUCAUUUUCUUUUGUUUCCAAGAUGGCUUCUUACGCUUGAAAAACUUUUAAAUCUGCAAUCUGUGUAAGCCCGUAGAAAAAAUAUUUUUAUAUAUCCAAAAAUAUGAUAAAAACACCUUUUUUGAUAUAACAAAUUAGUUAAUUGAAUUAUUUCUAACCUUAUUUACGAAAUUCAUUUCUCCAUAUGUUCAAGUUAUAUUACGAGGGCUAUUCAGAAAGUAAGCGAACAAUCACUGGUGUUUUUUAGUACAUUUCGUACUAAAAUUAAACUGCACUUUCAUAAUUUUGUGAAUGUUUAAUCACUUAACGACUGCAAUUAAUUAAUUAUUAUUAAAUUCGAAAAAUUGAAUUAGAUAAAACUCAUUUAUCGUCUAGAGUGAUUAGUUUUCAAAAAUAUUGCGAUUCCAUGAAGUGCAAUUACGUAAAAUUUCAUCAUACAAGGUGUUAUCUAGGAAAGUUCACAAUUUAUCGAAUUUACAUAUCGUGCUGUGAAAAAAAAUACAAACGAAUUCUUCGAAAGACUAAUAACAUUCGAAUAAAAAUUUUUGUAUCAAAUCAGGCUGUCCGAUUUUAGACGUUUUGGCUUAUAUUUGGGUAAAUAACAGUUUUAAAUUGCUCUUAUCACCUACCCCCUGUAUUAAUAUACUUAUGUAUCAUGUAUGAACAUCCACUACACCAACACUCACAUUUACACUGCUUAAAACGCGUUUCGAUAACCAACUUGGUAUUCUGAAGAUGAUAACUUGAUAAACAAAACGCGUUUUAAACAGUUUAAUUGUGAAUGUUGGUGUAGUGUAAACAGUGUGUUAGUAUGAACGUAACCAAACGGUUAUGUCAUAAUGAAUAAAUAUUGUUUUCAGUUUUCAUAACCUCAAUUUACAUCUCAUUAGUUUUCUAACUGUCCCAUAUCAAAAUUAAGUACUUAAUGCCUUUUAUGACGUUUUUCUUUUCCGUCUAAAAUCGGAUACCUUCUAAUUUUGUAUAUUAGUAAUUUUUUGGAAAAAAAAUUAUAUUUUUUCAUAUGCCAUAUAUAGAUAUUUAUAUACGUGUAGGUUAGUUUAAGAUAUGACGUAGUACGACACCAUUGUUUUUUUCUUUUGUAAGUAACAAAUUCAAAAUUUGUAAUUUUAUAUAUUUUUAUAAUUUUGUACAAUACAGGGGGUAUAUAAAGUAUAUAUAAGUAUAUAAAACAAACCAGCUCGAACUUUUGUGAUACCCCCUGUAAUGAUAAAUUUAUUAAUUCCUGGUUAUUUUUUGAAUUAUAUGUAUAUUUUUUUAUCAAAAUUAUGAAAACAUUAUUUAUUUUUGG